GAUUAAGUGAAUUUACUUGGUCAAUAAAAUGUUUCGUAUCGCUGUUUUGUUUUUGUUUUGUGGUUGCGUUUUUGCAAAAUAUGAAAUUUAUGAUGGACACGCACUAUACAAGGUUAAUAUAGAAAGUGAGAUACACGCUGAAGUUCUGAACAACCUGGAAUCGAAGCAUAAUUUGGAUUUCUGGCAGAGAGCUGCACCCGGCUAUGACGCCGUAGUGUUGGUACCUAAACAAUAUCGCUUUUUGUUGGACAUUGCACUCUUGUUCAAUGGAAUAAAGUUCAAAGUUGAAGUGGAUAACGUCAAACCAUUUUUAGACGAAGAAAAUCACUUACUAACCGAAGCGUCACGGAGGAACAGUGGUAUUGGAAGAAACGGUGCUCUUACUUUUAAUAAAAUUCAUUCAUACGAAGAGGUGGACUUAUUUCUAGAAAUAUUAGCCAGACUAUACCCGAACCUUGUUACUGUAGUGAAUGCAGGAAGAAGUUUUCAGCGGAGGAACAUUAAAUACAUCAAAAUAUCUACAACAGACUUCAAAGAUCAUAGAAAGCCAGUAAUUUUCGUUCAGUCGUUGCUACACGCUCGUGAUUGGGUCACGCUGCCAGCGAGCCUGUACACCAUCCAUAAGCUGAUCAUUGAUAUCACGGAGCGAGAUCUGGUCGAGAAAAUAGACUGGAUCAUUCUACCCAUCGCCAAUCCUGACGGAUACGUCGCAUCAAGAAGAAAUGAACGAUUUUGGCAUAAAAACCGUGCUACGAGCUACUCUUUCCUGACCAUCUGCAGAGGCGUGGACUUGAACAGAAAUUUCGGUUUCGAUUGGGGUAAUACAUCCAGCAACUUCGCCUGCUCCGAAGUUUUCCAUGGCCGUAGGGCAUUCUCCGAACCUGAAACUCGAAUCAUUAAGACUAUUUUAGAUCAGUAUGUCAGAAGAAUGGAAAUGUUCAUCGAUAUUCAUAGUUUUGGCAGCAUGAUCUUGUAUGGUUAUGGAACUGGAGAGCUUCCUGCCAAUGCUUUGACUCUUCAAGUUGCCGGAGUGAAUAUGGCUCAAGCAAUAGAUUCUGUUAAAAGGCCUUACAAUAAAGACUAUACUGUUGGCAAUUUUGCUUUGGUUCUAAACAAGGCGUCUGGAACUUGUAGUGAUUAUGCACAAGCUAUUGGUGUUCCAUUGGCAUAUACAUUUAAAUUACCUGGCUUUAGAUUUGGAUUCGAUACAGCUUUGGGUUUCUUAGUCCAUCCUGAUUUCAUUGAACAGGCUGGUAUUGAAACUUGGGAAGGUAUCAAAUCUGGAGCGCAAUUCGUUCUUCGGGUUGUUGGUCAAGCAUAAGAUAAAUUAGUGCUAUUUAGUCAAUAAAAAAAGCAUAAAAACUGAAAAGAUUUGAAAAUAGUUUCCAUAAAUUAUAUUACUCGUCAGUCACACAUUUA